AUGGGUUCCUACGCAGAGGUCUAUUCAGUUAUAGAUCUUUCAAAUGGAAAUCAAUGUGCUCUUAAGCUUGUAAUUAUUUACAUGUUCAAAUUCUUUUAGACAACACUUAAAGAAAAUUUUAAGAAAGAAACUUGGAUUCUCAAGAAUUUAUCCUCCUAUAAUAGUAGUGAUGCUCGUAAAAUUAUUUGGAGUAUAAUACUUUAGUUUCGGUACAUAUAAAAGAUUCACAAUUCCGGGUAUGGACACUAAGAUCUAAAGUUGGACAAUAUUUUGUUGAAAAGCAAUAACUUUGAAGAUUCUGAGUCGUCACUACUUUGCAUUGUCGACUUCGGUAUUUCUAAAGCUCUUAAUAUAUUGGAUAAGAGUGAUAAGCCCAAAAUUCAAGAUGAUUUGAUUUCAAUUCUAUACAUACUCAUAUAUUUGGAAAAAGGCAGCCUGCCAUGGAUUUAGAAUUAUUAGAAUUGCGAUAAAACAUAAAUGUUUCACAAAGUUAAAAAUAUAAAAAAAUAAUUCCAUCGGUUGCAAUAUGACUUAUCAACCAAGAGUAAUCAAGCCAAAAUUGGUAAUAAUUCUGGAUUAUUUGAGUAAUUGAUUUCAAAAAUCGAUAACUGGAAUAAUAAGUAGGAAUCAAUCUAUGGGUAUUUGAUAAAUUAACUAGUUAUCCAAUUGGAAGAUAGAGAAGAGAUCUUAGAUUGGAACAUGGAUUGGACAAAAACUUCAAAAAAAUGGACUGAAUCAUAUCACCACAAUCAAGGCAUAUUUGAGAGAAUACUCCAUUAAGCUAGAUAUUAGCUUCCUUUAUCAGUAAAAUCAACUAUUUCAAUUGAUAGCGCACCUUUCAAGAAUUAAGAUGACACUGAUUCUAACAACUACUCACAUAAAUAAAAAAUAAUUGGCAAUCAAGGCGGAGAAUUAAUUGACCAUGCGUUUGAUUAAAGUUGCAAAACAGCAAAUAGUUCAAAUCAAUCUAAUUCGAAUGUUAAUAAAAUCAGUUUACUUGAUAAUGAUAACUUUAAUAUCAACUUUUAAAAUUUGAUGAAAAUUAAUCUUAGAGAAAGGCCUUAAAUUUUUAAGUUAACAAAUAAUAAAAACGGGGGAAAAAAUUUUUUAGGCUAAGAUGCGACUAAAAAAGAACAAGAGUAAUUUCAAAUUUAAGAAGGAGAAAUAAGAGAAUCCGAGAUGGAUGAAGACGUUUAAGAGUCAUUCUCAUAUUAUGAAGACUUAUACAAUAUCAAUUAUCACAUCAACGAUUUAAAGCUCCAAUGUAUGGCUGAAAAAAACAAAAUCAAUUGA